GUCGCUUGAAAGAGGUCGUAUUUUCGCAAAGUUUUUCUUAAAAUGCCGCCGGUUCGGAAAUAUCGCGUUCGCGACUGCAGCAGCUCCAACGCCCAGACUAGGAUGUUCGCCUUCCCCCAGGAUCCUCAUCUGGCCAAGAAGUGGAAGGACAACAUUGGAGUCACCCCUGCUGAUGGCCACUUUGCGUUCACCAACGCCUUCAUAUGCGAGCACCAUUUCGAGGAGGAGGCAGUAGGACCGAAGCUGCUGAAGAGGAAUGCGGUGCCCACUCUGCAUCUGGGCGCUGAUGCCAGGGGAUGCCCGUUUUGUAACCUUCCACUCAGCGUGAACCAUCUUUUGUCAUCCUGCUCCACACUCCAAUCCCAGAGACAUCAUUACUUUAAAAAUGCGGAUCCUAUUCAGUUGUUAAAAGAUCCCACAGAUGAUAACAUAACAAGGAUAUACAAAUACCUAAAAGAUUCCGACCUGCUUCGUCGUAUCUAAUAUUUUAUGCCACAUUCCAGCCGAAAGCCUGCGAUGCUAGUGCUGCGUUAGUUUGUAAGUUUAUAUGAUAAUUGAAUUGUUAUGUAAACUCUUAUAAAAAUAAAAAUAAAAAUACGCAAGUACUUACAGUACUACAAGUAU